CUGUCUCGGUACAUCUCUGAACCAGUGGUAGUAUCUUUGCAACAUGAUUACCGCGCCUGGUGGACCACCUUCCCAGCCAUCACAGCUUGUUUCCUCGAGCGUGUGCAACCGGAGUACGCGAAAAGAGAAAUCAAGAGACUUUGGAACGUAACCGAGGACUCGGACACGGAACGCUUCCAGUAUUACUAUAGCUUUGUAGAAGAAGUCGCCGAUGUUUCCUUUAGAACCAAUUUGCAAAAUUUCUGGAAGUAUCAGGACGACGAUACGGUUAAAAAUAUAAAUUUACUGCAAUUGGCGCGAAACGUGCAUCCGAAUAUGACAUUACUUGUCAACGUAUCCCAGACUAACAAGGAGGUGCAGUGGAUACCAGUAAUAACUGAGGAAGGCAUUUGUCUGACCUUGAACUCAGUUUAUGCAGAGUACCAGUUUCUACAGCAAGAAAUUAAAUGGAAACAACAGGAGUUGCUUAAGUGUCACUACCACAGCGGCCAGUGCUUCGUGAGAAUCGACUCUUCGAGUAACGUGGUCAGGUAUUUCGUGCAUUCACCGUACGACAUAGCGACAGCAAUAUCGAAUCCAAUAGGUGAAGUGAUGCCAGGUGAAGAGCUGGUUAUCGAUUUUAAGGUCGUGGAGAUUCAAGCCGCAACACGUGUGAAGGCCUUAACUCAAGAGCAAAGACGUUGCAGAUAUCCUGACGAAUGGCUAAGCAAUUCUAUCAAGAUGGCGACGUGUGUGAUGCGCACGGGAUGGCGUGCAUCGGGCGGAACGUUGAGAUUCUCAUCAAUUUACCUAAAAACUUGGCCAAAUGUUCCUGCUUACCCCAAUGCGCUGAACUCAAUUAUUACUCUCACACAAAGAAGGUCACUCUUCGUUUUACCUUUUGGUCUCGAUGUUGGUAUAUUGGGAGUCGCGGCGUAUUAUAUUACGAGGUUAAAGAAACCAGACCCAAAUAAUGUGGUCAGUAUAUUCGGCCCUGACCCCUGGAGCAAGGAAAGCGAAUUACAUCCUGAGAAAGUUGUUAAAUGCAUAGCUCAUAGAGGAGCUGGUUUAGAUGCUCCCGAGAACACAAUACAAGCAUUUAAAUACUGUGUUGAGAGGGACUGUCAUUUCGUAGAACUAGAUGUGAGAUCGUCACGAGAUGGUCACUUAGUUUUAUUGCAUGAUCAGGGCCUAGGGCGGCUUACUGGCACUGAUAUAUCUGAUGUUCACAUCAUGGAUUGGGAAAAGAUUAAAAACAUUGAUAUUGGGGCGACACAUCCUAAUAGGCAACAGUUUAAAGAGGUUCACCUGUGCCUGUUGGACGAUGCACUAGAUUACUUGCUUGCUAAUAAUGUAAGGAUGAUUAUUGACAUUAAAGGCGAAGACAAACAGGUAGUGAAUGGAAUUUUGAAGGCUUUCUCUAAGCAACCGGCUCUAUACCGGUAUGCUGUAGUGACAAGCUUCAAUCCUUUCAUACUGUAUCAGAUUAGAAAGAAGGAUCCUCAAGUCGUAGGCGCUAUCAGUUACCGUCCAUAUUGCUUCAGUGCUCAAGAUUACGACGCGGAAAAUGGACCGAAUAAUCCCAGAUUCGGUGACAACCUGCCCGUUCAAGCGUUGCUUCGUAUCGCGGACUUGGUUCAUUCGCUUCUGUGGCGUUGGAGCGCUCGCUGGUGUGCCGCUAGCGCUGUGCUGUUGCACAAGGAUAUAGUAAGCCCGAGUGAAGUGCAGUACUGGAGGUCGCUAGGGAUCCGCUGCGCUGGUUGGUCCGUGAACCGACCCCUGGAGAAACUGUACUGGCGCGGAGUUCUCCGAGCUCCGUAUCUCGCUAGCACACUUUUGGGCGAGCCCGACGUUGACGAACAGAAACGUGUUGAAAAACGAAGUAUAAAGGAGGUUGAUUAA